AUGUUGUCCGGCACCGGAGUCGUGGUCUUGCUGGCCUUCGUCACGUAUCUGCUCAAACGGCUUCUUGCGCGAUCGUCUUCAGCGCCUCUGCCUCCUGGACCCAAGGGGCUGCCUUUCAUAGGAAAUCUCUUCGAUUUGCCGAAGGACCAUGAAUGGGAGACGUUUACACGCUGGGGGAAAGAGUUCGGCGACUUGACCAUGGUUAAAGCGCUUGGAACGAAUAUGUUGGUCAUCAACUCAUCCAAGAUCGCGGUCGAGCUGCUAGAAAAAAAGUCAAACAUUUAUAGCGAUCGCCCAUCCAUGAAAAUGGCAUGCGACCUCAUCGGACACAAUGAACACUCCAUAUUCAGCCCGUACAACGAUCGACUGAGGCUGUUCCGGAAAAUGUUUCAUGGUGCGCUUGCGGGGAAGGAGAACCUGGACUCUCAAGCACCUAUUGAGGAACAUGAGACCCACCGAUUUCUGUAUCGCCUCUCACGUAGUCCGGACAACUUGCGAGAGGAACUACGCAGGUUGGCCGGUGCCAUUAUCGUCAAGAUAUCCCAUGGAUACGAGCUCGUCCCAGUGGGAGACGACCCCAUGAUCGACCUGGUGGAGCGCGUUAUGGCCGAGUUCGGGGACGUGACUACCCCCGGGCAUUAUGUGGUGGACAUAAUGCCCUGGCUCGCAUAUCUUCCCGGGUGGCUGCCGGGUAUGGGAUUUAAGAAGGUCGCGGUCGAGAUGCGCAAGACUCUGUACGACGGGAAGAACAUGCCAGUCGCCUUUGUGAAGGACCGAAUGGCUCAGGGAACGGCGAUACCGUGCUUUACUUCGAGAUGUCUUGAACAGAUUGCCGAGGGAAUGGCCCCGUACGACGAGGACAUGGUGGGAUGGGCAGGAAUCAAUCUAUACGGAGGUGGUGCGGACACGACCAAUCAUUCGUUCUUUCUUGCAAUGAUGCUGCACCCCGACAUCCAGAAGAAAGCGCAGGAGGAGCUUGAUCGCGUCGUCGGACCAGAUCGGCUGCCAACGUUGGCGGACCGAGAGCGCCUGCCCUACACAGAUGCGCUCAUGAAGGAGACGCUGAGGUGGCAAGUGGUAGCUCCCCAAGCUCUCCCUCACGUGCUAAGAGAGGAUGACAUUCACAACGGUUUCUUCAUCCCGAAGGGUACUAUAUGUAUCCCGAAUGUCUGGGGUUUCCUCCACGAUCCGGCUACGUACCGUGACCCCGAAACCUUCGAUCCAUCUCGGUUCAUUGAAGUAGAGGGAAAGCUUGCGGAGACCGAUCCCCGCCUUUUCUGCUUCGGUUUCGGUCGUAGAAUCUGCCCAGGUCGUCAACUGGCGGAUUCGACCGUUUUCCUCCAAUGCGCAAUGUCCCUCGCCGUUUUCGAUAUCAGUAAACCCCUGGACAACUCGGGUAAUGUCGUCGAGCCCGUGGUGGAUCGCACGAGCGGGAUUAUCACCCAUCCUACACCUUUCCCGUGCACGAUCAAGCCCCGUUCAGCACGGGCUGCGGCGCUGAUCCGGUCUUUCGAGGAUGCUCAGUGA